AUGGACGAUGACAAAUUACGAAAAGUACUUUUAAUGGUCGAAUCAACAAAUCAACUUGAUGAUGUUGUGACAGAAGGUGGUGACAACUUCUCUUUGGGUCAAAGACAGUUAAUUUGUUUAGCUCGAGCAUUAUUGAAAAAUUCUAAGAUCUUAAUUAUGGACGAAGCAACUGCUAAUAUAGAUAUUCAAACAGAUAGAAAUAUUCAAAUGAUGGUCAGAAGGAACUUUAAAGACAUUACUGUGAUCACUGUAGCACAUAGAUUACAGACUAUUAUGGACUCAAAUAAAGUGAUGGUCUUUGAUAAAGGAAAAUUAAAAGAAAUGGACACUCCACUUAAUUUAAUUAAAGAGAAAGACACACUCUUUCAUGGACUUGUACAACAAUCUGGUUGUGUGGAAGAGUUACGUAGACUUGCUCAUACCAAGAAAAUUAUCAUGUCCUCUUCAACGUCCUCUCUAUCUUCUUCAAGUUCAUCUAAAUCUGACAAAGACAAUUCUGUAUCUUUAAGUCCAAAGAUAAAGGUCAAUUUACUUGCUAAUGAUUCUACUAGAGCUUCACCUAUUCAAUUCCAACACACUUCUGAACGAAACAACUCUGGUGCUCAAUUGUUAUCAAGGCCGAAUGUUGAGAAGUUUACUGAUUCCUCUUCAUCAAUGGAAUGA